UGUGAAGUACUACAAGACAGCCAAACCAUAUUUACUUUGGCUGAGACCAAACCGACAACAACAUUGAACAAGGUUUUUGAAUACUUGAAAUUAAACUACAAGAAAAAUCUAUCUGGCUAUGAGUUCCUUGGGCUUACAAGGCCUGAAGUUAUUCAACAAAUACAUCAGUGUUCAAGUGAGGUAAAUGUAGGAAAGAGCAAACCUGCAGAGAGUUUAGAGCCAAACAACUUGAACAGUGCCUCUAGACUAAAGUGGAAACCAGAUGCGGUACCUAUGCCAUAUCCUUUGCUUGAAAAGCUAUUGAAAAAUAAGACAAGAAAUGCUGGGCCAACAAGUAGUUUGCAGGUUAAAUCGCAAAAGGAUAGAAAUGCUUUGGUGCACGAAGCAGUACAAUUUACUUCAUUUAAUGACAUUAAAAGUCGUUUGUCAUUUAUCUCUGCAAGAAUGAUCCCGAUCUUGUUGCCAGUGCUAUAA